AUGUUGAAACUCAGAAUAUUUCUUUGGAGGUAUAAGUAAAAUAAAUUACAAUAACAAACAUUUCUUGGAUCUCUAAAACAUGCUCACUCAGAAUCCAAUGUCUUGCAUAAUCAUUUCUUUUAAUUACAAUAAAUCCCUAAUGAGUAGAAGGCUUCAAAAAUAUGGACUCAAAUUAAAGUAAAGCAAGAAAUAGAAGAAUAAGUAUCUAAUAUUAAAGCCUAAGCAAAAUUGAUUAAAUUGCCUCAUUUAAAUAAAUAGCAAAUUUUAGAUGCACUCAAAUUAUAUAAUCUUUCAAUCUAAGCAUUAUUAGAAGGAAAAAGAGAGGUUGUUUAAAAUGAUAAAUUUGUAUUUAAAGAUGGACAAUCCUUAUAAUAGAAAGUGGAUAAAAUCAAGGAUUUUCUUAUUAAAAUUACGAAUCAAUGA